AGCGCGCGGCUAGUGCGUGCGUGCGCGCCCCCUCCCCCGCCCUCUGGCGCGCUGCUGGUUCGCUCUGGUUCUUCUCGCGGACGCCGCCGCCGAGCUCCUCGGGGCUCCCGACUCCAUGUAACGUGUCCGCCGCUUCCCCUCUCCGGUGAAUAACAAGGAGAAUUGUCUUUUAAAAAGCCGGUGACCAUGGAAAACAAGGCGUUCGCCAAGGAGCUGGACCAAUGGGUCGAGCAGCUGAACGAGUGCAAGCAGCUGAACGAGAACCAAGUGCGGACUCUGUGUGAGAAGGCUAAAGAAAUUCUUACAAAGGAGUCGAAUGUACAGGAAGUACGAUGUCCCGUCACAGUGUGUGGUGACGUUCAUGGACAGUUUCAUGACCUCAUGGAACUGUUUCGAAUUGGGGGCAGAUCUCCAGACACCAAUUAUCUUUUCAUGGGAGAUUAUGUUGACAGAGGUUAUUAUUCGGUUGAAACUGUCUCAUUACUUGUAACAUUGAAGGUUCGAUAUCGAGAACGCAUCACAAUAUUACGAGGGAACCAUGAAAGCAGACAAAUCACACAAGUGUAUGGAUUUUAUGACGAAUGCCUAAGAAAAUAUGGAAAUGCUAGUGUUUGGAAGUACUUCACAGAUCUGUUUGAUUAUCUGCCCUUGACGGCGUUAGUUGAUGGUCAAAUAUUUUGCCUGCAUGGUGGGCUUUCCCCAUCCAUAGACACGUUGGAUCAUAUUCGAGCCUUAGAUCGUCUGCAGGAAGUACCACACGAGGGCCCAAUGUGUGAUUUGCUGUGGUCGGAUCCUGAUGAUCGUGGUGGUUGGGGAAUUUCUCCUCGAGGUGCAGGCUACACUUUUGGACAGGACAUUUCUGAAACUUUUAACCAUGCAAAUGGCCUCACUCUGGUGUCCAGGGCUCAUCAACUUGUAAUGGAGGGAUACAACUGGUGUCAUGAUCGAAAUGUAGUGACAAUAUUCAGUGCUCCAAACUAUUGUUAUCGCUGUGGUAACCAAGCUGCUAUUAUGGAACUAGACGACACACUGAAGUAUUCAUUUCUUCAGUUUGAUCCAGCACCACGCCGUGGAGAACCUCACGUCACUCGACGUACUCCAGACUAUUUCUUAUAAAGAAUUGAUUAGUACACUAAAACCACGCCGGCAGAUCACCUGCUCCAGAAAAAGUAACAAUAAUUUAAAUGUCUUUCUAAAAUUACUUCAGUUUGUCACAACAUAAUAGCAUUAACACGGACCAAAUAUGCCGUACUAAAGGCAGUUCACUGCCUGGAACAUUGAGCACAAUUUGGCAGUGAUUACUAUUUUUUGCUUCUAAAUUGGAAGUCAAUGAUAUUUGGUCAUAACAGUCAAAUUUUGCCUGCUGUCACUUGUCAUUGUUUUACCCAGAUACUGUGAAAUAUUGAUGUAACAUGGUAUGAUAAGCAGGUCUAAGUGCAACAGUCAUGACAAUAUAAGUUGUAGUUUUAACAGGCAUGUAUUGGUUUCCAGUACCCUUUUUUUGAAUUAAGACACACUUGUUCUGAAUGUAUGCUACCUAUGCUUGAAGGAGACACAUGUUGUUCCUUCUGGAGUGUUUGAGAAGAUGUCCUGUUUCGAUGUUUGAAUCACUGUUCUGUGUUACUGUACUUUUUUUUCUGUAUAUAUUUGACAUAAAAAGUGCUUGCAACUUAACUUGGUGUAUUUGAACAAUAAACUACUUCAAGUAAUCAGUCACUGGGUUUCUGUAAGAUACUUUAGAUAAUUACAUCGCAAGUCGUAUUUUCUCUCUAGGUAUAAAUGAAAUUAGUUAGAAGCAACAUGCUUUAUGAAACCCACCUUCACUAUUUCCCCUCUUAAGAUUUCUUCCCAUAAUAAAGUACCAAUUUUAAACUAA